UUGUAUUUAAGGUGCAACAAGCAAGCAUCUCCAACCCCAUCCGAUCCAUAUCGCUCUCUUCUUUUCUUGAGCUGAAAUCAGUGAGAAAUGGCUCUGGCUGGAAAAUUGGAGGCUGAAGUUGAGGUUCAUUCACCUGCUGCCAAGUUCUUCAGCCUCUUCGUAACUCAACUUCACCAUGUUCAGAACAUUAGUGAUCUAGUGCACGAAACUAAGGUGCAUCAGGGAGACUGGCACGGCGUUGGCUCUGAUUCUGUUAAGCACUGGUCUUAUACUAUCGGAGAUAAGGUAGUGAACUGCAAGGAGCACUUUGAAGAGAUUGAUCAUGAGAACAAGUCACUCACAUUCAACCUGUUUGAUGGAGAUGUUGGAGAAAAGUAUAAAAGCUUAAAGGCAAAGCUUCAAGUCGCUGAAAAGGGAAGUGGUGCCCUUGCCAAAUGGACUUACGAGUAUGAGAAGCUCAGCCCGGAAGUCCCUCCUCCACAAGGCUACUUGGACUUUGCCACUAAGGUUACUAAGGAUAUUGAUGCUCAUCUCAUAAAGGUUAUAAGUUUGUUAGCAGCUCAAUAUCAAAGAGAAAUGGCUCUCUCUGGAAAAUUGGAGGCUGAAGUUGAGGUUCAUUCACCUGCUGCCAAGUUCUUCAGCCUCUUCGUAACUCAACUUCACCAUGUUCAGAACAUUAGUGAUCUAGUGCACGAAACUAAGGUGCAUCAGGGAGACUGGCACGGCGUUGGCUCUGAUUCUGUUAAGCACUGGUCUUAUACUAUCGGAGAUAAGGUAGUGAACUGCAAGGAGCACUUUGAAGAGAUUGAUCAUGAGAACAAGUCACUCACAUUCAACCUGUUUGAUGGAGAUGUUGGAGAAAAGUAUAAAAGCUUAAAGGCAAAGCUUCAAGUCGCUGAAAAGGGAAGUGGUGCCCUUGCCAAAUGGACUUACGAGUAUGAGAAGCUCAGCCCGGAAGUCCCUCCUCCACAAGGCUACUUGGACUUUGCCACUAAGGUUACUAAGGAUAUUGAUGCUCAUCUCAUAAAGGCAUAGCCCUUUAAAAGCAAUAUGGAUUUGGCUCUGUGGUUUUGUUAGGGUUUUAUGUGAACCAACUGUGUGUGCCAAGAAUAAGAAUGCAUGUUUCGCUCUUAGGCGAAAAAGAUGCAUACUUGUGUGUUAAAAUAAGCACCAGACGCCGUAAACAACUUAUGGCGUCUGCUGAAUAUAAACAGAAGCCGAAACAUGAUGAAUUAAUUAGCUACCACUUCUGUUCCUUUAAUGACAAAGCAAAAUCGAGUAAUUAUGUUAGUAUUUUGUACUAGUGUGCUUGAUGUUUUUA